AUGAACUAUCUUCACUUCAGGAAGCAGAGGCUGGAUAUGACUAUGGGACACCAGGAGAGAUUUGUAAGUCUGACUGAGAUACAUUAUCCCUUACUGCUCAGUUACCACUGAGAUACAUUAUCUCCUACUGCUCAGAUACACCCUACUGCUGUUACCAGAUACAUUAUUCUCCUACUGCUACGCUCAUUACCACUGAUCAGACUCUACUUCAGUUCCACUGAGAACAUACCUACUGCUCAGUUACCACUGAGAUACAUUAUCCCUACUGCUCAGUUACCACUGAGAUACAUUAUCCCCUACUGCUCAGUUACCACUGAGAUACAUUAUCCCCUACUGCUCAGUUACCACUGAGAUACAUUAUCUCCUACUGCUCAGUUACCACUGGAUCAUUAUCUCCCACUGAUCAGUUACCACUGAGACACAUUAUCUCCUACUGCUCAGUUACCACUGAGAUACAUUAUCUCCUACUGGUCAGUUACCACUGAGAUACAUUAUCUCCUACUGCUCAAUUACCACAGCGAUACAUUAUCUCCUACUGCUCAGUUACCACUGAGACACAUUAUCUCCUACUGCUCAGUUACCACUGAGACACAUUAUCUCCUACUGCUCAGUUACCACUGAGAUACAUUAUCUCCUACUGGUCAGUUACCACUGAGACACAUUAUCUCCUACUGCUCAGUUACCACUGAGAUACAUUAUCCCUUACUG